UACAGAAGUUUCACCUAACGAUCAUAUUUACCUUGAGUUGCGUGCUUCUCACCGGUGACAGUUUAAUAAAUCCUCCUUCCACCACCACCGCCAUACCUAACCUCCACGCGCCACUACCAAUCACAUCAAUUUCAUGCCCAUCAAUAAUACACACCUUCAAAUUCACUUCAUCAUUGCUCUCUAACAAAUUUAUUACCACUUCAAUUUUAGUCCCUUUUUUUAUUAAUCAUAAAAUUGCAAUUGCCGUCGGCGAAUUCCAGCGCCGGAAGAAUUCAUCGGAAAAAUCAGACAUGGCGAACGCCACCGAGCUGAAAUCCGACGCACUCAUGGAGCUGAUGAAGCUCCAUUUCUCAACCGAUGCCGGAAAACAGCUUACCCAGAAAAUUGGCCUCGUUUAUCAGAUCAAUAUUGCACCCAAGAAAAUUGGGUUCAAUGAGAAAUCAUUUGUGGUAGAUUUGAAGAAAGGAGAAGUUAAAGAAGGGGCAUAUGAAGAUGGGAAGCCAGACGCAACUUUCUCGUUCACGGAUGAUGAUUUUGUUAAGGUUGCAACUGGGAAGAUGAACCCUCAAAUGGCUUUCAUGAGGGGUGCAAUGAAGAUAAAGGGUAGUAUCAGUGCAGCGCAGAAAUUUACUCCCGACAUUUUCCCGAAGCCGUCAAAGAUGUGAGUAAUUAGGAUUUCAACCUGCUAUAGUAGCAAAUAAUAAGGUUGUAUCAACAAUACGCAACUCCAGCCCAAAAGUAUCAAAAUGAGUUAUCAAAAUAUUCAUUUAAUAUUUCAUUUUGAUGCCUUCCUAAUUUAUUUGAUCCAACCAUAUGUAUCAAAUGGUUGUCGAUUAAAAAUAAUUGAAGUGAUUAUAUAUUUAAUUUGCCGCAUUCCAUUUUCCAAAUGGAUAUUUAGAUGGUUAAAUUUGUUA